AUGGCUCUUGCAAAGAAGGGUGGCAAGAAGAAGGGUUAUUCUGCCAUCAUCGAGGUAGUGACCAGAAAACAUACCAUCAACAUUCACAAGCACAUCCAUGGAGUGAGUUUCAAGAAGCACGACCCUCAGGCACUCAAAGGGAUCCAGAAAUUUGUCCUGAAGGAUAUGAGAACUCCAGAUGUGCACAUUGACACCAGGCUUGACAAAGCUGUCUGGGCCAAAGUAAUAAGGCAUGUUCCAUGCCAUAUCCAUGUGCAGUUGUCCAGAAAAUGUAAUGAGAAUGAAGAUUCACCAAACAAGCUCUAUAUGUUGCUUACCUAUAUACCUGUCACCACUUUCAAAAAUCUACAGACAGUUAAUGUGGAUGGGAACUAA